UUUGAGUAAGAGUGGGCUGCUGGACUCCUAAGGGGACUUUGUGGAGUAUCCCUGCAGCCCUGUGCUGCCCUGAGCAUUGUAGCUGUCUUCUCUGUCCCACUGUCUUCCUGCCGGGGUGUGUGUGUGUGUGUGUGUGUGUGUGUGUGUGUGUGUGUGUGUGUGUGUGUGUGUGUUAGGGCGGGGGGGGGUCCCUGGGUUCCAUCUCAUUUCUCUAUUCUGGCUGGCUGGGCCAGACGGUUCAUCUCUGAUCAGCUGUAUGUCAGGGGGUCAAUGCCAUGUUCUGCCUGUUUCCACAGCGACAGAGUUCCUUAGUUCAUGUAUCUGGUCUCUAUUUUUCUCAGGUAGAAGAUUAACUCUGGUCUCUGUCACCCCUUGAUUUUUAUCUUUUUAUUUUUUGGGGGGGACAGGGUCUCACAUUUUUUCUUUGAACUUGAAAUAGCAAAGGAAGGACUUGAACUUCUGAUCCUACUCCUCUCUAUGUCUCUGGAGUGCUGGGAUUAUGGGAUUAUAGGCCUGUGCCACCAUAUAUGAGUUUAUACGGUGCCAUGGACAGAACUCAGGACUUACUUUGCACAUGCUAGACACUCUACCAACUAAACCACAUCUCCCCUCUCCUGGAUCUUUUGAGCCAGGGUCUCACUCUGAGCCAAGCCUGCCUAGAAUUCCCAGUCACCUUCUUGCCUUGGUCUAUCGAGCUUGGAAUUAAGGUGUGAACCAUCACAGACCAUUCCACCCUUCCUGGAAGCAUACAUUUGGGUGUUUUUGCUUUGCUUUUUAACACCAGUUUGAUCAAUCAAAUUCUCUUAUGUCUAUUAAUCCUUUGUGGUCCCCCCCCCCCGCCCCGCAUUGUUUAUUGUCCCCGUUACUUGUUCCUUUCUCUUUGGGAGUAUCUCCUGUUGUUCUUAGCAAUUCGAAAGGACACUUUCAGGCACACAUUGGAAGUCCCUUUCUCACACUGAUUCAAAGAGAAAUGGAAACUUUGUUUCCAGUAGUCACAUCCCUCUUUCUCAAACAAGGGUUGAGGCUCUGAUCCUGAAACCCAACAGUCACAGCAUUUGCUGUGAAGUGAGAGGAGUCGGCAAACUGCAGCCCUAUAAACCACUGGCUUCUGUAAAUAAAUAAGGUUGGGCUGGCCCAGAGCCACCCCCAUUUGUUUAGACAUCAUCUAUGCAGAUGUGGGACUCUCAAGAUCCAAGAGUUAAUCCACCGGGUUGCCUAUGUAGAUUAUCAAGAAAAAUGCUUGUAGACCUGACCCUAACUCUGGACCAAGUCUUUGCUUCGUUACUGUGCUCGUGCACAUUUUGAGGUGUUGGCAUAGGUUAGCUUGGAGUAGGGUUGGUGUGUUGAUCUAAACUCAGUUUACUAUAAGGAUAUGGUGGGCUCUCAGGGAUGCCAGAAAAGAUAGGCUUCCUCCGCCAAGAGUCGGAACCCAGGGCUGUCUCACCCUCCAGCUUGUUGGUCAGACUUUGUUUUCUUUUUUUUUUUUAAAGAUUUAUUCAUUUAUUAUAUAUAAGUACACUGUAGCUGUCUUCAGAUACACCAGAAGAGGGAAUCGGAUCUCUUUACAGAUGGUUGUGAGCCACCAUGUGGUUGCUGGGAAUUGAACUCAUGACCUCUGGAAGAGCAGUCGGGUGCUCUUAACCGCUGAGCCAUCUCUCCAGCCCCAGACUUUGUUUUCUAAUGCUCGACAGCAACCACCAAAGUAAGCGUAGUUAUGACCAGGGCAAGUGAGCUAAGUGGGUAGUAACUCAAAUCCUUUCCCAAACUGACUAAAAUCACAGGAGACAGCUUACUCUUCUACACCAGAGGAACUGACUACAGAAAGAUUUAUUUAUUUACUUAUCCAUUUAUCUAUUUAUUUAUUUUUGAUCUCAGGCUACGUGGAGCAACCCCCAUGUGGCUGCACUGUUUCAAGUUCAAAGGAAGCUUACAGAGUACACCAGGGUCUGAUCUGUCCCAGGGUUGUAUAUAUGAGGCGUCCUAAAAGGCAGUGCAGAAACAGAUCUGGGAUGAGCAGACACACUCAGUUGGGAGUUGGGAGAAGCAUCUCAGAUUUGGGGGGGGAGGGGAGUGGUGCAAGUGCAAAGUCCUAAUUGGGAGGAAUUAAAUAGUCCAGAAGCAUGUAACCAGAGAAGGGACUCAGGGAUGUCAAUGGGGAGUGGCUGAAAGUCUGUCAGGGCCGGCCAGAGAAAACACUCAUGAGCAAACUUACGGGACAAAGAGGAAGCAUGGGGGCUGUCAGGGGGAAAAUGCAGUUGUCUGGUCAGACUACUUUGGGUCUUUGUCCUACUAACAGUGCUUAGAUUCUAGUUUUGGGUAGGACGAUUCUCUUGGGCUUUCAUUUUAAGUUUUAAAAACUGGGCAUCACAUACAUGCAGUAACUCGUGAAUAUACUUUAUAUCGUAUAGAUUCCCUCACAAUAAUAAAGGUCUGACGAAGAUUCGCUCUAUCCAACCUACUACACUGGGCUAUUUUGCCUGCGUUUUGAAAACUAAGCUAGAUGCACACGCAUAUUGACCCGCGUGAAUUUUGAAGACAGCGUGGAGGCUUGUAUGUGUGCCUCGUAUCCCCAAUCAAGUCAUGCAUCAUUCCAGGGACUCUUCAGUCGCUUCCUGCGCGUGAGUCGCCAUUCGGCCCUCCACCCAGCGUUUUGCCUCAGGCUCCUCUCAGCUUCCGGCUUCCAAACCCCACCUGCCCCUCCUCUACUGCACCACAAGCCCCCAUUCUUUUGAAGCAACCUUGGGGUCUACAAAGGGCUCCUCCUCUGCGGAGGCUGGGGGAUUGUCGUAAGGGAUAUUUUUACAUCAACCUUCUCAGCCGCCGAAUCGAGCAAACGCGGCGACUCGCCUCGAGGCAACAGUCUACUCCCCACCGGGUGGACAGCCUAAUAAUCAGUCAGGAGGUAGAAUCUGCACAGACGAGGCAGGGCACUGCGCAUUCCCAGUGGCGCUUGCCUAGUGGGGAGCGCGCGUCCAGCGGAUCCCGGAGCCUCUCGGCAGGUGCCCCACCCGCGUCUCCUGUGCGCACUCGGGCACAGGGCACUGUCCGUCCACAUCUCGGACAAGCUCAACCGAAACCCAGCAGCGAUGCUCUCGAGGCCGCUCGGCCACGAGGGUCGGUCCGGAGGCCCGAGAACAGAGCCGAACUAUGGGACCUAGGGCACACACAGCCUGGCUAGCCGCCCCGCCCGCGCUCCUAUGCGCGUGCGCCACCCGCAAUCUCGGUUUCGCACUGGGCACCCCGCCCCACACCGUUCCUACGGCGAAUCGCGAGGCCCAAAGAGCGGCGGAUCGUUGCGGGCCGAGGGCGGGGCGUCGCGUUGAGGUCAGCGCGGCGGCGGUCGGCCCCGCGGUGGUUGGCUGCGCCGCGCUGGCCGCGCCCUGGUUGGCUUGCAGGUCGCGGGCUGGGCGGCCGGCCGGGCUGAGGUCAGGCUCGGGCGCCGGCCGGGUUUGCGCGGUGCUGGGCUCCGCCACGGUCCGGGUCGGUGACGGAGCGCGGGAGGGCGCGGCCAGGCGCUGAGGGCGGGGACGGCGUGCGGGCGUGCGGGCGGCGCCUAGGGGAGGAGACCGGCCCAUGGACCCGCGGGGCCCGGUGCCCCAGACUCGGUGCCGCCGGGACGGAGCCCAAGAUGUCGGCCUAGGCCGGGCUGCGACGACAAGGACUGCGCGGCUACUGGACGCCGGGGUGCACGGCCGCUGGGCCGGGGAGUGCUGGCUCUGACGCCGGGGCGCACGGGCAGCGAGAGGCCGGCGCGUGGGGAGCGGGCCGCGCGGCACCAUGUCGGCCAAGGUGCGGCUCAAGAAGCUGGAGCAGCUGCUCCUGGACGGGCCGUGGCGCAAUGAGAGCUCCCUGAGCGUGGAGACGCUGCUGGACGUGCUGGUGUGCCUUUACACCGAGUGCAGCCACUCGGCGCUGCGCCGCGACAAGUAUGUGGCGGAGUUCCUCGAGUGGGCUAAGCCAUUCACCCAGCUCGUGAAGGACAUGCAGCUUCAUCGGGAGGACUUUGAGAUCAUCAAAGUGAUUGGAAGAGGAGCUUUUGGUGAGGUUGCUGUUGUCAAAAUGAAGAACACUGAACGAAUUUAUGCAAUGAAAAUUCUCAACAAAUGGGAGAUGCUAAAGAGAGCAGAGACAGCUUGCUUUCGAGAAGAGAGGGAUGUGCUGGUGAACGGUGACUGCCAGUGGAUCACUGCGCUACACUACGCCUUUCAAGAUGAGAACUACCUGUACUUGGUUAUGGAUUACUAUGUGGGUGGUGACUUGCUGACCCUGCUGAGUAAGUUUGAAGACAAACUUCCAGAAGACAUGGCGAGGUUCUACAUUGGCGAGAUGGUGUUGGCCAUCGACUCGAUCCACCAGCUCCACUAUGUGCACAGAGACAUUAAACCCGACAACGUCCUUCUGGAUGUCAACGGUCACAUCCGCCUGGCUGACUUUGGCUCGUGCUUGAAGAUGAACGAUGACGGCACUGUUCAGUCUUCCGUGGCUGUGGGCACACCUGACUACAUCUCACCAGAGAUCCUGCAGGCCAUGGAGGAUGGCAUGGGCAAAUACGGGCCCGAGUGUGACUGGUGGUCCCUGGGCGUCUGCAUGUAUGAGAUGCUGUAUGGAGAAACGCCAUUUUAUGCAGAGUCUCUGGUGGAGACAUAUGGAAAGAUCAUGAACCACGAGGAGCGGUUUCAGUUCCCAUCCCACGUCACUGACGUCUCUGAAGAAGCGAAAGACCUCAUCCAGAGACUAAUAUGCAGCAGAGAGCGCCGGCUCGGGCAGAACGGGAUAGAGGACUUUAAGAAACAUGCAUUCUUUGAAGGUCUAAAUUGGGAAAAUAUACGGAACCUGGAAGCACCCUACAUUCCCGAUGUGAGCAGCCCUUCUGACACGUCCAACUUCGAUGUGGACGAUGACGUGCUGAGAAACAUCGAAAUCUUACCUCCCGGCUCUCACACGGGCUUCUCGGGACUGCACCUACCCUUCAUUGGCUUUACAUUUACGACAGAAAGCUGCUUUUCUGACCGAGGCUCUCUGAAGAGCAUGAUACAGUCUAACACGCUAACCAAAGAUGAGGAUGUGCAGCGGGAUUUGGAGAACAGCUUGCAGAUCGAAGCUUACGAGCGAAGGAUACGAAGGCUGGAACAGGAGAAGCUAGAGCUGAGCCGGAAGCUGCAAGAGUCCACCCAGACUGUGCAGUCCCUUCACGGUUCCACACGGGCCCUGGGCAACUCAAACCGUGACAAGGAAAUCAAGAGGCUGAAUGAAGAGCUUGAACGCAUGAAGAGUAAAAUGGCAGAUUCAAACAGGCUCGAACGACAGCUCGAGGAUACCGUGACCCUUCGCCAGGAGCAUGAAGACUCCACACAACGGCUGAAGGGCCUGGAGAAGCAGUACCGCCUGGCACGGCAGGAGAAGGAAGAAUUGCACAAGCAAUUGGUUGAAGCUUCAGAGCGAUUGAAAUCCCAGACCAAAGAACUCAAAGAUGCUCAUCAGCAGCGAAAACGGGCCCUGCAGGAGUUUUCAGAGCUCAAUGAGCGCAUGGCAGAGCUGAGGUCACAGAAGCAGAAGGUGUCCCGGCAGCUCCGUGACAAGGAGGAGGAGAUGGAGGUGGCCAUGCAGAAGAUUGACUCCAUGAGGCAGGAUAUCCGCAAGUCUGAGAAGUCUAGGAAAGAGCUGGAAGCUCGGCUUGAGGACGCAGUCGCUGAGGCCUCCAAGGAGAGGAAGCUUCGAGAGCACAGUGAGAGCUUCUCUAAGCAGAUGGAGCGCGAGCUCGAGACCCUCAAGGUGAAGCAAGGAGGCCGGGGGCCGGGUGCCACGUUAGAACAUCAGCAGGAGAUCUCCAAAAUCAGGUCAGAGCUUGAGAAGAAAGUCUUGUUCUAUGAGGAGGAGUUGGUCCGCCGAGAGGCCUCCCAUGUGCUAGAAGUAAAGAAUGUGAAGAAGGAGGUGCACGAAUCUGAAAGCCACCAGUUGGCCCUGCAGAAAGAGGUCCUGAUGCUGAAAGAUAAGUUAGAAAAGUCAAAACGAGAACGGCACAGUGAGAUGGAGGAGGCCAUAGGUGCCAUGAAAGACAAGUACGAACGGGAGAGGGCCAUGCUGUUCGACGAGAACAAGAAGUUAACAGCAGAAAACGAAAAGCUCUGUUCCUUUGUGGAUAAACUAACAGCCCAAAACAGACAGCUGGAGGACGAGCUGCAGGACCUGGCCUCCAAGAAGGAGUCGGUCGCUCACUGGGAGGCGCAGAUUGCAGAGAUUAUUCAGUGGGUCAGCGAUGAGAAAGAUGCCAGAGGCUACCUUCAAGCACUUGCUUCUAAGAUGACCGAAGAGCUUGAGACUUUGAGAAGCUCUAGUUUGGGAUCCAGGACACUGGACCCACUCUGGAAGGUCCGUCGGAGCCAGAAGCUGGACAUGUCUGCGCGGCUGGAGUUGCAGUCCGCUCUCGAGGCAGAGAUCCGUGCCAAGCAGCUGGUUCACGAGGAGCUGAGGAAGGUCAAAGACACCAGCCUAGCCUUCGAAAGCAAACUGAAGGAGUCAGAAGCCAAAAACAGGGAAUUAUUAGAAGAAAUGCAAAGUCUGAAGAAAAGGAUGGAAGAAAAAUUUAGAGCAGAUACAGGGCUCAAACUUCCAGAUUUCCAGGAUCCUAUCUUUGAGUACUUCAACACUGCUCCUCUUGCACAUGACCUGACUUUUAGAGACUCGCUCUCCUCCUCAUCUGCAUCUUCUCUGCUAGCCUUGUGGGAGGACACUAGCUCAGCUAGUGAUCAGGAAACACAGGCUUCAAAGUUGGACUUGUCCCCAUCAGUGUCUGUGGCCACAAGCACAGAACAGCAGGAGGAUGCGGCUCGUUCACAGCAGAGGCCGUCUACUGUGCCGCUGCCCAACACACAGGCCCUCGCCAUGGCUGGACCAAAGCCCAAGGCACACCAGUUCAGCAUCAAGUCCUUCCCCAGCCCCACCCAGUGUAGCCACUGUACGUCCUUGAUGGUUGGGCUGAUCCGACAGGGCUAUGCCUGUGAGGUCUGCGCGUUUUCCUGCCAUGUGUCCUGCAAAGACAGCGCUCCCCAGGUGUGCCCCAUACCUCCUGAGCAGUCCAAGCGGCCUCUCGGCGUAGACGUGCAGAGGGGCAUAGGCACAGCCUACAAGGGCUACGUCAAGGUCCCGAAGCCCACAGGCGUGAAGAAAGGGUGGCAGCGGGCUUACGCAGUGGUCUGUGACUGCAAGCUCUUCCUGUACGACCUGCCAGAAGGGAAGUCCACCCAGCCUGGGGUCAUCGCCAGUCAAGUCUUAGACCUCAGAGAUGACGAGUUUGCUGUGAGCUCAGUCCUGGCCUCAGAUGUCAUCCAUGCUACACGCCGAGACAUCCCGUGUAUAUUCAGGGUGACGGCCUCUCUCUUAGGUUCACCUUCUAAGACCAGCUCACUGCUCAUCCUGACAGAGAACGAGAAUGAAAAGAGGAAGUGGGUUGGGAUCCUGGAAGGGCUGCAGGCUAUCCUCCACAAGAACCGGCUGAGGAGCCAGGUGGUGCACGUGGCACAGGAAGCGUACGACAGCUCACUGCCGCUCAUCAAGACCGUCCUGGCUGCCGCUAUUGUGGAUGGAGACAGAAUUGCGGUCGGCCUGGAAGAAGGGCUCUACGUCAUUGAGCUCACCCGAGAUGUGAUCGUCCGCGCUGCUGACUGCAAGAAGGUAUACCAGAUCGAGCUGGCGCCCAAGGAGAAGCUCAUCCUCCUCCUCUGUGGCCGGAACCACCACGUGCACCUCUACCCCUGGACCUCCUUCGAUGGAGCAGAAGCUAGCAACUUUGACAUCAAGCUCCCAGAAACGAAGGGCUGCCAGCUCAUAGCAACAGGGACGCUGAGGAAGAGCUCGUCCACCUGCCUGUUUGUCGCCGUGAAGCGGCUGGUCCUUUGCUACGAGAUCCAGAGAACUAAGCCUUUCCACCGGAAGUUCAAUGAGAUCGUGGCCCCGGGACAUGUGCAGUGGAUGGCCAUGUUCAAGGACAGGCUCUGUGUUGGCUACCCCUCCGGGUUCUCUCUGUUGAGCAUCCAGGGGGACGGGCAGCCUCUAGACCUGGUAAAUCCCGCUGACCCCUCGCUCGCGUUCCUCUCACAGCAGUCUUUCGAUGCCCUCUGUGCUGUAGAGCUCAAAAGUGAGGAGUACCUGCUCUGCUUCAGCCACAUGGGACUGUACGUGGACCCUCAAGGUCGGAGGUCACGCACGCAGGAGCUCAUGUGGCCUGCGGCUCCUGUCGCCUGUAGUUGCAGCUCCUCCCACGUCACGGUGUACAGCGAAUACGGGGUGGAUGUCUUCGACGUGCGCACCAUGGAGUGGGUUCAGACCAUCGGCCUGCGGAGGAUAAGACCUCUGAACUCUGAUGGUAGCCUCAACCUGCUGGGCUGUGAGCCCCCACGCCUCAUCUACUUCAAAAACAAGUUCUCAGGCACCGUCCUCAAUGUGCCCGAUACCUCGGACAACAGCAAGAAGCAGAUGCUGCGGACGCGGAGCAAACGGCGCUUCGUCUUCAAGGUUCCAGAGGAAGAGAGGCUGCAGCAGCGGCGAGAGAUGCUCAGAGACCCGGAACUGAGAUCCAAAAUGAUAUCCAAUCCGACCAACUUCAACCACGUGGCUCACAUGGGCCCUGGCGAUGGGAUGCAGGUGCUCAUGGACCUGCCUCUGAGUGCUGCGCCCACAGCCCAGGAGGAAAAGCAGGGUCCUGCCCCAACAGGCCUCCCUCGGCAGCUCCCAUCCAGGAACAAGCCCUAUGUCUCAUGGCCGUCCUCAGGUGGGUCUGAGCCUGGAGUGCCUGUGCCUCUGAGGAGCAUGUCUGACCCCGACCAGGAUUUUGACAAAGAGCCUGACUCUGACUCCACGAAGCACUCGACUCCGUCCAACAGCUCCAACCCUAGCGGCCCCCCGAGCCCCAACUCACCGCACCGGAGCCAGCUCCCUCUGGAAGGCCUGGACCAGCCAGCCUGCGACGCCUGAGGCCGCCAGCAUAGCACCAUAGGGCCAGGGAGCCCAGAUGGCCCCAACAUCAGUGCCAAGACUGAGCUGACCCUCCAGUGUUGUCCAAGGAAAUGUAGAAUCAGUUUGUAGAUAGAUAAAGUAAUCUUUAUUAUAAUGAUCAGUUUUGUGCCACGUUGUUGGUGGCAACCGACCAGAUGUGUUCGUCUGCACAGCCGCAAGGCAACACUGUUCCGUUUGCACAUGAAGGACCACCACUCACCCCUCCCCCCAGGACCACCCAGGCCCACAUCCAUCGGCUUCCUCAGCAGAUGCUGGGGUAUGACCUCAAGACCUCCCUCUCUCCUGAAGCUGUCUCAAGGCCCUACAAAGACUAAAGUGCGCCAACCCAGUGUCACAGAAGGCAGAGGAUAGUUUGUGGCCUUUUCAUUCACUUAACCCUGACACAGGAAGCCACAGCAGUCCUGCUGACCGGCCGCCUGUGUCCCUCUGUCCGUCCAUUCUGGGCCACAGCCACGAGAUGCCCCUCCUCCUGUGAAGGCAGCUGUGCACUGGCUCCCACUGUGUCUGCAGCCUGCCACUGGCCGGCACACACAGGAGUUCAGAGGUGGCCAGAGCCUGGGAGCCAUGCCCCAGGCCCUACGACGCCCCCUCCCCCAUCGCCCUCCCCCACCCUGCAUGGAGCCUCUGUGCUUAGUGGCCGAGUCAGUCACACGACUGCCCCACACUCCUGCACAUCGGCAGCACCACGGCCCGGGAAUGCCACGUGUGUUGAACCUCAUCCCUCUGUGUCCUGGGCUGAGAUCAGGUCUGUGGCCCUACCCAUGAAGGCUUGCGACUAACUGUGGCAGCAGACAUGUCUUGUCCUCGUCCUGGACAGGCCUCCCUUCCCCGCUGGCGCACUCGGGGACGAGAUUCGGGGUGAGCGCUUGGCCAAGUUGGCACUGAGGGUUGUGGCACUGCUGGCCAAGCCUGUGUGUCACACCCAGCACCUGCUGCCUGCCCCGUCCACCCUCCCCGGCUUUGUGCCGGGGCAGGCACCUGCUGGGGGUUCUGGUUUUUACUUUUUUAAUGUAAGUCUGAGUCUUUGUAAUUAUUGAAUUGUGAGAACAUUUUUGAACAAUUUACCUGUCAAUAAAGCAGAAGACGGCAGUUUUAAAGUU